AUGUCUCGCUCACCUGAAAGAAUGAACAUUGACGACGAUGUCCGAGUCAAAGGAAGAGGAUUCUCCAACAAUGAGGGCUCUUCACGACGUGCUGGAAGAGGAGACGCUAUGAAUGAAGAGUUGGAACCCGUUCGCUCGGUCGAGGGUUGGAUCGUGAUUGUGCGUGGACUUCAUGAAGAAACGGACGAAGAAUCCUUGGGAGAGAGAUUUAUGGAAUACGGCACAAUCAAAAACAUUCAUUUGAAUUUGGACAGACGUACAGGUUAUGUCAAGGGUUAUGCAUUCAUUGAAUACGAAGCACGCAAAGAAGCAGAAACUGCCAUCACAGAAGCAAAUGAUACACAAUAUCUUGGCGAAACCAUCAAGGUUGAUUACGCCUUCAUCAAGGGGCCUUCUGCAACAUUGGAUGAUGACCGUGAUAGACGUGAUCGCAGACGCAAUAGAAGUUUGAGCCCUGCAAGAGAUUAG